CGGACGCACACACCUCAACGGUCGAGAUGCCCCCAACGCCCGUCGAUCCGACGGCGGAGAAAACUCCGGGGAUAACUCCAGAAACCCGCGUGAGGCGGCGUGCGGGUCACGUGACUCGCCACGUUCUUCUAUAUUUUCUCCCCCCUUCCUCCGCCUCCGGCGGACCGACCGGACGGUGGCUGCUCGCGCCAUCUCUGUCAGCUCCGGUGGCUCGCCGGCGCAAAUUAACCCUAUCCCCGUGGCAUCCUCGCGUGGGACUAGUACUACUCUCACUGCCUCGAGGGCUUGACUGGUGGAGGCGGGAGCAGGGAGUAGCUGCGGAGGCGCGGGGAUCCGGGCGGGCGGCGGGCAUGGGGAACGCGAGCGCCAAGGAGGGGGAGAACGGCCACAUGGCGGCGUCGCCGGAGCUGGCGGCGGCUCACAACGGCGGCGGAGGCAGCAGCUCGACGGGAGGCCCCGCCGCGCGGCCCCCGCCGCCGCCGCUCUCGCCGCCAGACGCUGUGAUGCUGGAGCGUCCACCGCCCGUGCCCUAUCUCUUCGCGCCGCAGGUUCCAGUGGCUCCACUGCACAGACCUACCGAGUUUUCUCCCGUUUUCAACCAUUCACCGACAAAUGGCACCAGCGAAUCCACCAACCACCACUCCCAAGAGAAGGGGAUUCCAACUUUGGUUACAUGGAGUCAAGGAGGAAAUGAGGUGUUCCUGGAAGGAUCAUGGGAUAACUGGACAUCGAGGAGGGCAUUAGAGAGGUCUGGCAAAGAUCACGCCAUCUUGUUGGUUCUGCCAUCCGGAGUUUAUCAUUACCGGAUUAUUGUAGAUGGGGAGCUGAGAUACAUCCCUGAACUACCUCAUGCAACUGAUGAAAGAGGGCAAGUGGCCAACCUCCUCGAUGUCCAUGUCAGUAAGGAUGCUAUAUUUCUGUUUCGGCAUUCAAACUUGUGAGAAUUUAAACAGCAAAGAGCCAAAGACAAGCAAAUUACGGGGGAUUACGUUCCGGAGAGCCUCGACAGCGUAGCUGAGUUUGAGGCACCCCCAUCUCCCGAACACAGUUAUGACCUGCAAUACCCAGGUGAUGAGGAAUUCGCCAAGGAACCGCCCACCCUCCCGCCCCAGCUUCUCAUGUCUGUCCUUGGGGACACCGACAACACUGACAAUCAAGCUUCAAAGCCACAGCACGUCGUUCUCAACCAUCUGUUUAUUGAGAAAGGGUGGGGAUCGCAGUCGCUGCUCGCCCUCGGCGUCACCCAUCGGUUUGAAUCCAAGUAUGUGAGCUUUGUGCUUUACAAACCGCUGAAGAGGUGAUGGGUACUGUGAGUGGAAGAAGAGAAUGGUGGCUAGGGACUGAUGAAGGUGAAUAAUGUGUGUGUAGCUGACAUUGUAGCGUUGUAUAGAAGGGAAAUGCAGGAGGUCCUAACUGAUCUUUUUAUGUUUCUUUCACUUUCGACGAAAGCAAUAAAUUAGUUGUUGCCUGAGAUAUUUGCGGAAAUGAAAGGGAGGGGAGUCUCACAAGAGCUUCACUC